AAGGCCCUGGAGAGAAAGUGGAACAUUUAUGUGUUCGUUUCCAGGUGUCUUCUUCCAAAGCUAGAGAGAUCCUGUGGUUGAGAUUGAUCUAAAGAGAAGAGCAGAACUGUGGGGUCCACUUGGGGCAGCCAGAAGAAAGGGCCUUUUGGAAGCAGAGGCAGGGCUGAAGUCAGGUGUGUGUGUACCUGUGUAUGUGUAUAAGUGUGAAGUAUAUGAAGAAGGCCAAGAGCAGAAGUGUGGGAGAGCAAGGUGCCUUGGGGAACAAAGGAAAAAAAGAGGAAAGGGAUAGACUAACCAAGGAAGAAGGGAAAAGAUAUGGGAGAGAAAGAACACUUGUACACAGAAGAGGAGAACAAAAGGCAGUUGGGAACUACCUGGUUAUAGGGAAAGGAACAUAGGACUAGGAAUCAGGCCUGGGUUCAAGACUCUCUGACUUUGCUCUUUACUCAGCUCUGUGUCCUUAACCAAGUUACUUCUUCUUUUCUCAGAAGCCUCAUCUGUAAGGUGAGAGGGAAUGAUAAAAUCUGUUCUCUCUACCUCCCAGAGUAAUCAUGAGGAGUAUAUGAAAUAGGAUUUGUGAAGUCAUUUUUUGAACUUAGAAACUUUUUUUAAAAAUAAGUAUAAGGUAUUUAUUUGAUAGGAAACUAGUUGUGUGUUUGGGAGUUGAAAGAAGAGGGGUCAACAAAGAGCUAAGAAUAAAAGAAGAGAGUGGGGGGGAGGAGAUCUAAUAAAAUAUGAAGCUAGAAUAGUGAAACAGUUAAGUGGGUAUAGAUAAUUACAGAGGCUAGUAUUUAUUGGAACAGUGAGUCUUGAUUUCUUUACCUAACAGAUCUUCAACUGGAGAGCAGUGAUAGAGGCUCUGACUUGGAUCCCCAGCAGUCCCAAUAAGUUCCCUUUGCUGCUCCUCCAAAGAAAGAAGAUGUUAUCACCAUCUACCUGUGUUUCCUGAGCCCUCUGCAGCUUUCCUUGCCACCUCAUGGAGGAUACCCCUGCCUUGAUCAGCUGCCCUGAUUGUCAGCGUCAUUUCCCCAGCCUCCCAGAACUGGCACGUCACCGUGAGCUACUCCAUCGCUCACCUUCAGGCAGGAAUGGUGACGAGGCUGAUGAGAUCCCUCGGCCAUACAGAUGUGUUCAGUGUGGUCGAGGUUACCGUCAUGCAGGUAGUCUGGUCAAUCAUCGACGGACCCAUGAAAUUGGCCUCUUUCCCUGUACCACCUGCAACAAGGACUUCUCUAAUCCUAUGGCUCUCAAGAGUCACCUGAGGACUCAUGUCCCGGAGGGCCGAAAGAGGCGGCGGCCUCCCCGCCACAAAGAGGCCACAUCAUAUACUCAGGGUCAGAUGACUACCACUGACAUUUGGCGGGAUAUGCCUGGUCCUGGGGAAAACUGGAACAACCAGACAAAUCAUGGACAAAAUACACAUGUAUGGGAGGCUGGACCUGAUCCUAGGGAGGCCUCUGGUACCUGGGAAAAGCCACCUGGACACAAGGAUGGCUGGGAGAACAGGACAAAUUCUAAGGAGAGUACAGAGGGGUGGGGAAAUGCAUCAGGUCCCACAGAGGCCCCUGCUCUUCCUGCUCCAACCAGUAGCCUUCUUAGCAAUUUGGAGCAGUAUUUAGCUGAAUCUAUGGUGGAUUUUACAGGGAAUGAGAGACCACCUCAGUCCCCCCCUGCUGAGGAUGAACGUCGAUAUAAGUGUGGACAAUGUGGCAAAACUUAUAAGCAUGCUGGAAGCCUAACUAACCACCGUCAGAGCCAUGCCCUAGGUGUCUACCCUUGUGCUGUAUGCUUCAAGGAAUUUUCUAAUCUUAUGGCCCUAAAGAAUCAUUCUAGGUUACAUGCUCAGUAUAGACCUUACCAGUGUCCCCAAUGCCCACGAGCUUUCCGCCUGCCUAGUGAAUUGUUGGGACAUCAACAAGUCCAUGAAGGAGAAGGGAAAGAACUACCAUGGGAAGAGAAAGGAGAGCCAUCUGCCAAUGGCCAUGAUAGAAGUCAGCUUCAUGGUACCAAGGAACUUAAUGCCUCUGGAGAGUUCAGCACUUCUGGAGAGCUUGAUGCUGGAGAACUUAAUGAGGGCGGAGUAGAAGAAUAUAGGCCUUUCCGUUGUGCUGAUUGUGGCCGUACUUACCGACAUGCUGGAAGCCUUAUCAAUCACCGGAAGAGUCAUGAGACUGGUGUCUAUCCUUGCCCAGUCUGUCCAAAGCAGCUAUUCAAUGCUGCAGCCCUUAAAAAUCACUUGCGGGCUCAUCUUAAAGCUCGUCGUAGUGGAGGGGAAGAGGAGCAACAGCCGCAGCCACAGCCACAGCCGCAGCCACCACCACCACCUCCCACACCACUACCAUCCCUGAUGGCACUGCCACCAGAGGUUGAUCCAGAGGAAGAAGAGAAUCCUGCUACUCCAACUACCACUACAGACCACCGCCCCUAUAAAUGCAGUGAGUGUGGGCGGGCUUACCGUCAUCGUGGAAGCCUGGUAAACCACCGUCACAGCCAUCAGACUGGUGAAUAUCAGUGCUCCCUUUGCCCUCGACAGUAUCCAAACCUCAUGGCCCUCCGAAAUCAUGUGAGGGUGCAUUUUAAGGCAGCACGACGCAAUGGGAGUCAAGGGAGAGAGGAACCACUAAGCCAUGAUGGGGAAAGUAUCACACCUGGCCUAGAAAGGGAGGAUUCUACUCCUAGUCAUGAGGAGGAGUGCCCUGAAGAACAGCAAACAGCCCAAGAGGAAGAAGAUCCUAGUGAAGAAGGGACGAUAGAUAGCCAUCCAGAAGUAGAUAUGGCAGUGGCACAAAUAUGUGGUCUUUGUGGGAUGCUUUUUGAUGAUGUAGAGAGCUUAAAACAACAUGGCCAAACCCAUCAAGAAGGGGAGAAUAAUAGAGGAGAGUCAUCAGAGUCACCUCCAAGGGCCUAUUCCUGUAGAGACUGUGGGAAGAGUUAUCGACACUCAGGAAGUCUCAUCAACCAUAGACAGACCCAUCAGACAGGUGACUUUGGUUGUGGAACAUGUGCCAAGCAUUUCCAUACUGUGGCAGCCAUGAAGAGCCACUUGCGACGUCAUAGCCGGAGAAGGAGCAAGAGGCAUCAGCUGCGGACUGCUGGGAGUUCUGGUGGAAGUGACAGUGAAGUCCUAGUAACAAAUAGAAAUGAAUCCUCCCCAGAGGGCUACCAAGAAAAGAAUUUGAUUGUGAAAGAGGAAGAAAAAGAGAAAACUGACUUUCACAAAGAUGUGCAAGUGAAUGGAAUUAAUAUGGCCAAUGGCAAGUUGGAAAACAAUGAGAACUGUUUUCAGAGUGAUAUUGAAAAAGAUAAAUGUAAGCUAGAAAGAAAUGACUGUUUCCAGAGUAAUGAAGAGGACAAAAUCAAUGAAAAAAGACUGGCAGGGAAAGAGUCCUGUUUCCUUGGGAACCUGAUAACAGGCAAUAAGGGAGGCAGUAGGGACACUCCAGCUUUGGUAGAAGGAGUACAUAAACAAGAGAGUGUGUAUGAUACUAUUUCCCAUGGCCCUGAGGCUCUCAAUGGUUGGCGGACCUCUGGCCACCACACAUGUCAUGAUUGUGGGCGAUCUUUCCACCAUACAGCUGGCUUAUUAAAUCAUCGACCUUGCCACCCACCAGGCAUCUACCAGUGCUCACUCUGCCCUAAGGAAUUUGACUCACUCCCUGCUCUGCGAAGCCAUUUUCAGAACCAUGGGCCAGGAGAGGCUACAUCAGGCCAACCUUUUCUUUGUUGUCUCUGUGGGAUGAUCUUUCCUGGACGAGCAGAUUAUAGACAACAUAGAAGUCAGGUCCAUGAUUCCCCUGGUGAGAACCAGGAUUCUUCAGAGGAUGAAGAGGAAGAGACAUUGGCCUCUAACUCUACUCCCUUGCAGCUCUCAGAAGCAGAACUACUAAACCAACUACAGCGGGAGGUAGAGGGGUUGGAUGGGGCUGGCUAUGGGCAUAUCUGUGCUUGCUGUGGCCAGACAUAUGAUGACCUAGGAAGUCUGGAGCGCCACCAUCAAAGUCUAGGGAGCAUUUCAGUAGAUGGAAUGGAUACGAUUCCUACAGACUUGGAAGAGAAAGAAGGGAUCUCUGAGACAACUUUGAGUGGUAAUUUUGAGAGCACUGUGACCUCUACCUCCCAAGAUGGCACAAGCACUAUUUCUGAGGCAUGUUUGGACACUAUGUCCAAAGAUGGUAUGGAAGCUGUAGGCACUGUAGACACAACCUCUGAAUUAGGGAUAGAAGGCAGCAGUGUUGAAGCUGUUCCUGAAGCCCUCUCUCCUGCCCAGCCUCGUCCCUUUCAAUGCAAUCAGUGUGGUAAGACUUACCGCCAUGGUGGGAGCCUGGUAAACCACCGUAAGACUCACCAGACAGGAGACUUUGCCUGCCCUAUCUGUGCCCGAAGAUAUCCCAAUUUGGCUGCCUAUCGAAAUCAUUUGCGUAAUCAUCCCCGUUGCAAGGGGGCAGAACCCCAGUUAGGAGUCAUCCCUGUGGUAGAAAGCAAGGAACCAGAGAAGACAGCAGAGAUAGGGCCACUGCAGAUGCCAUCAGAAGAAUUGCAAAAAGAGCUUAAAGAGAAGGCAGUUGAAGAGAGAGCCAUUAAGAAAGAGCCAGAGGAACCCUCUAUGAAGCAGGAAGACAUACCACCAAAAGAUGAUGGCAUAGAAGAGGGGAAUUCAGAGGAGGCCAGUAUGGAUCGUCCCUUUGGCUGUGAAUUGUGUGGUCGGACAUAUAAGCAUGCUGGUAGCCUCAUCAACCAUCGACAGAGCCAUCAGACAGGACAUUUUGGCUGCCAGGCCUGCUCCAAGGGUUUCUCUAACCUCAUGGCUCUCAAGAACCACCGGCGUAUUCAUGCUGAACCUCGUCGGUUCCAUUGUGGAGAAUGUGGCAAAGCCUUUCGGUUGCGAAAACAGCUGGCCAACCAUCAGCGUGUUCAUGGGGAACGGCGAAAUGGCAAUUCUGGAGGAUCUCGGAAACUGCUGUCAACAUCACCCUCACUGAUAAGAGAUGAAAGACCUUUCCAUUGUGGUCAGUGUGGGAGGACUUACCGGCAUGCAGGAAGCCUCCUGAACCAUCGUCGGAGCCAUGAGAUAGGGCAGUACAGCUGUCCAACCUGCCCUAAAACCUAUUCAAACCGCAUGGCGCUAAAGAACCAUCAGCGCCUACAUUCAGAAAGUCGGAGGCGACGGGCAGGAAGGGUAAGGCGUGGGGGUGGACCUCGGGUAGCUGUGCGUUGUGCCCUUUGUGGCCACAGUUUGCCUAGAAGGGGAUCUCUGGAGAGACAUCUAAGGGAGCAUGAGGAGACCAGUAAGAGGGAACUAGAUGUAAUUAAAGUACUUAGCCAAACAACUGUCAAAGAUGAGAGUCAAGUAGAUAUCUGUGAACUAGACGGAAGAUCAUGUGAAUAUGAACUUGGAGCUCAGGUCAAUAACCAAACUAAGGGCACACAAGAAUUAGGUCAGGAUUCCAGUGGGUUAUCAGGAAGUCAGGAAGGCAGUGGAGAGCCAUUGUCCUGGAUCCAUGGGAAAACAGAUGCAUGGCAUAUUAAUGAGACACCAGUGAGUAUAUCAGGUAGCCAAAAACACACCAGACCAGGUGACUGUGGGUUUGGGAAUACAUGCAGUCAAGAAGACAGUCAACCAAAUGCCCUAGAGCCAAGAAGCCUAGAAGACUGGGAUAGUGGGCAGAUCCAGGACCAAGAUAACAGUUCUCAAUCCCAGCUAGAAAUCCGCCCUUUCUGCUGUGGACAGUGUGGCAAGACCUACCGGCAUGCAGGCAGUCUUCUGAACCACCGCAAUACCCACAAAACAGGCCAUUACCACUGCCAUCUCUGCUCUAAGGAAUUUUCAAAUCCCAUGGCGGCCAAAAACCAUGGUCGCAUUCACACAGCAACCCGUCGCUUCAUGUGCCCUCACUGUGGAAAAGCUUUCCGUGCCUCUCGUGAGCUGACUAACCACCAGAGAGGCCAUGCUAUGGAUCAAGGCCAGGCCCCACCUCAGGUGGAGGAAGCUGAUGGACAAGAGGUUGAGACUAAAAGGGAUAUGGAAGAUAAGUGUAUAUCAGGGCAAGGGGAAACCCAAAGAGCCACUAAAGAAAUAUCAGAGUCUGAGACGGCUGUGAAGGAGGCAAAAGAAGUGGGGUUAAAACAAGCCACAGAAGAAGAACGUCCUUUCUGUUGUACCCAAUGUGGGCGCUCUUACCGUCAUGCUGGUAGCCUGCUAAACCACCAAAAAGCCCAUGCCACAGGUCUCUAUCCUUGCUCCCUCUGCCCCAAGCUACUUCCUAACCUAUUGGCCCUCAAGAAUCAUGGAAGGACACACACAGAUCCUAAGCGCCAUCGCUGUGGAGUCUGUGGCAAAGCUUUUCGGACAGCAGCCCGGCUAGAAGGCCAUGGGAGGGUCCAUGCACCUCGGGAGGGACCCUUCUCUUGCCCACAUUGCCCUCGCCGCUUUCGUCGCCAAAUCAGCUUCUUGCAGCACCAGCAACAACAUAAGGAGGAGUGGACGAUGACUAGUACUGGGGAUACACAGUCACCUACAGCAAGAGAUCGGGAUCUCUCCUCUCCUCUCCAUCCACCCCCAUGACUGGUCCUAGACCCUUCACUCCAGUGGCCUCCAGACCUCGGCUUCUCCCUCUGAAUUGUUUCUCCCAAAGACUGGGACAUCGGGGUUCUUAUUUCUGCUUUUUAACUCAGGAGAGUUUGGAUAUGAUCUCUUCUGUCAUCCUCUUGGAAAGGACUCAAGAGAGUUGGCAGGAUAGAACAAUAGAACUGUUAGAGAUGCUUUCUUCCUGCCCCUUCCAAUGAAAGAUUCAGGAUCAAGGAAAAUCCCAGCCCUGGAGAAGAUGUUUCUGCCCUUUUGCCAUUUCUCUCUGGCUCCCGUCUUCUGCCGUAUGGGGCUAAUUUCCCAGGAUGCUGGUUGUCCAGUUCUUAGGAAAGGGUUAGAGUUGUACUGAGUUCUUUUUCCCCUCUCUUCCUCAGCAUCAAGGACCCUAGAUCUACUGUGUGGGUCAUGGAGAAAGAGAUAGAGGACAAAGGAACCUUGGAGUCUUAAGAAUGAAGGGAGAGGGAAAGCAUAGGUUCAAGGGAGAUAGAUUCCCAAAGAGGGAGAAGAGAACAGGAUUUCUCCCUUGGGGGAAAAGCCUUUUGCUACAAUUUGUAACUUAUUUUCUAAAGUCUAUUUUGUAAGGUUUUAUUUAAGUUUUAAAAAAGGGAAAAUUUGCUCCAAAAAAAAAGGAAAUUUUAAGAAAAAAGUUGGCUGCUAUAGUGUGUAUUAUGUAUCUGGUAGUUAAAGGAAAAAAAGUCUGUUCGUGGGAUUUUUCUGUGUGGUGGGACAUGCACUGGUUGGAUUUGGGGGAUGAACCAACAAGACAUUCUAGGAAGAUUCUGCAGAAGAUUCUAGGCAGAGAUCUCCCUAUCCUGCCAGGGAUUGCAGGGAGAUUGGGAUGAUUCUGUCUCCUGGCUCUGCACAUUUCUUCCCAAGUUCAAAUAGGCUCGUGCAUUUCCACAGAACCAGGUACACAAGACUUUGGUCUCUCAAUGAGGCCUGUCCUUGUAUAAAGAGGGAGUAACAACCCAUUCUCUUCUUGAAGCCAUCACAUCUUAAGUCCUUUGGCACCUGUAAUCAGAAAAAAGCAUGAGGUAGAGGAAGGUGAACAGAGGUUAUGUGUGGUGCAAAUGAAUUGGGAGUUUACCUCUGGCCUAUCCAUGCAUAAUGUAGGCAUCUUGGAGAAGCUCAGUCACCAACUACAGGGACCACCUCCUAUGGGGAAAAUGGGGGGGUAGAAGGGAAAGAAGCAGGAAAUUCAGUUGACAGAACUCAUCUGGAAUAUAAUUUUCCCUGUGACUAAAGGUGGGAAUUGGAAGAAUAAUUUCCCUUGGUCCUAGAGGCAAAGGGGA